UUAUUAAGAAACAAAUCUAUUAAUUAGUAUUAUUUUGUAACUUAAGGAUGAUUAUUAUUAUUAUAACAAAAACUACAAUAAUUCAAUUUAAAGCACCAAACCAUGGAAAAGCAUAUUAGUGACUGAUUCAAUCAUCAAGAAACAAAAAAAAAAAAAAGGUGAAGAAGAAGAUCAAACAAAAAUGACAAAGAAGAAAGGUUCGACGAUGACGGUAUGCCCGCCGUUGAAGGUGGUGGUGCUUCUGUGUGCCAUUCUGUUGACAUUGGCCAUACUGUUAUUCCAUUCUGAUGAGUUUAAGCUAAUUCAAUCCUCCAACUUCACCUACCAAUUCAAAAACAAUGGUUUUGGUCAUAGCCAUGGCUUCCAUUCACCUCCUAAGAUUGCAUUUUUGUUCCUUACUCGUAAAAAACUUCCUCUUGAUUUUCUUUGGGCCAACUUCUUCAAGAAUGGAGAUCAAGCCAAAUUUUCUAUUUACAUUCACUCACAGCCAGGCUUUGUGUAUGACAAAUCAAACACCAAAUCUCCUAUCUUUUAUAACAGACAAUUAAACAACAGUGUUCAGGUACUAUGGGGAGAGUCCACCAUGAUAGAAGCCGAACGCCUGCUAUUCAGUGCAGCUCUUGACGAUCCAGCAAAUCAGAGAUUUGUCCUUCUUUCGGAUAGCUGCAUUCCUCUGCAUAACUUCAGCCAUACUUACAAUUAUCUGAUGUCUUCUAGAAAAAGUUUUGUCGACAGUUUUUUUAAUGUUGACGAAGGUCGAUAUAAUCCCAAGAUGUUGCCGGUGAUAUCUCAGGAAAAAUGGCGAAAGGGUUCUCAGUGGAUUACUUUGGUGAGGAGACAUGCUGAAAUGGUAGUGAAUGAUGAAAUAAUCUUUCCUCUCUUUAAGAAAUUUUGUAAGCGAUGGCCGCCGGCAGACCACGACACUGGAAGGAAAACAACUGAGAAGCAUCAUCCCAACUGCAUACCAGAUGAGCAUUAUGUGCAGACUUUACUUUCAAUAAGGGGUCUGGACGAUGAACUCGAACGACGAACGUUGACAUACUCGACUUGGAACAGUUCUAUUCCAAAAGAGGACAAAAGGUCUUGGCAUCCAGUUACGUUUUAUUAUCCAGACGCAACUCCUCAGACAAUCAAAGAAAUAAAGGAAAUCAAUCACAUAGACUUUGAAUCCGAACACCGAACAGAGUGGUGCAGUGUUAACUCAAAGUACACGUCGUGUUUUCUGUUUGCAAGAAAGUUCACUCCAGGGGCGGGGCUGCGGAUCCUGGAAAAGGAUUCAUCGGAAAAUCCAGUUGACGGAAAACAUGGGUGAGAAAAAGAUGAAGAAUAUUGUUGUAGAUGACAGAUGGAUUUAGGAGAUUUUAUAAGCACUGUAUUUAAAGGGGUUGGUUUCUUUCUUUCUUUCUUUGAUUUUUCAUUGAUAUAUGGUGAAGAGAAUAUGUAUGUGUUGAAAGUUUAGUUAUGAGUAUGAAGUUUAGCUAAAAUUUUGAUAGUCUUAAUCUAUAAUAUAUUAAAAGAUCAACUUUUUGUUUGGACAA